UCGGGGAGUGGGGGGGGCUCGGUCCCUCCUCAGGUGAAGGCGCUGCUGAUGGAGCCGCCGUUGCGGAGCAAUUGAGCCCCCCUCCAGCGCCCCCCUCCCCCCUCCCAGCGGCUGGGCCGGGGGGGCCCUCCCCAUAACGAAGCAGCCGGACUUGGAGCCCCGCAAUUCAGUGAAGUGUCUUCAAGAUGGAGAUAGAAGACUGCAAUGGGCGAUCUUAUAUAUCUGGAAUCUCUUCUUCCUGGAAGGUGAGUGGCUGAGUUCACCCUACUGCCGAGAUGCAGCCACACACACUCACAGUCUGUAUUCCACUGCUGUUUCCAAGGAGUUGGCUGUGAUAACACUCCAGGGUAUCUUCAGCAAGCUAGAAUAAUGUAGUGGAGAUUCCUCUUUGGAAAAGGAGUUCACCUCCACAAUUGUAGGGCCCACAGUGAGCACACCAAACAGCCAACACUCCUCCCCAAGCCGGUCCCUUAGUGCAAAUUCUAUUAAGGUGGAAAUGUACAGUGAUGAAGAAUCUAGCCGGCUGCUGUCACACGAUGACCGGCUCAUUGAAAAAGAGGACAGCGUGAUUGUAGAGGAUUCCCUCUCUGAGCCCCUUGGUUACUGUGAUGGGACAGGACAGGAACCACAUUCCCCAGGCGGCAUACGGCUACCCAAUGGCAAACUGAAGUGUGACAUCUGUGGAAUGGUGUGCAUCGGCCCAAAUGUACUGAUGGUGCACAAACGCAGUCACACUGGUGAGAGACCAUUCCAUUGCAAUCAGUGUGGUGCCUCCUUCACUCAAAAGGGCAACCUCCUGCGCCACAUCAAGCUGCAUUCAGGCGAGAAGCCCUUCAAAUGCCCCUUCUGCAAUUAUGCUUGCCGGAGAAGAGAUGCACUCACCGGUCACCUCCGUACACACUCAGUCUCUUCCCCCACAGUUGGCAAGCCCUACAAAUGCAACUAUUGUGGUCGCAGCUACAAGCAGCAAAGCACGUUGGAAGAGCACAAGGAACGCUGUCACAACUACCUGCAAAGUCUUAACACUGAACCACAGUCGCUGGCUGGCCAGCAAGGUGACGAGAUGCGAGACUUGGAGAUGGUGCCGGACUCCAUGCUUCACUCCUCAGCAGAUCGGCCGACCUUUAUUGACCGACUAGCAAACAGCAUCACCAAACGAAAACGCUCCACACCUCAGAAAUUUGUAGGAGAGAAGCAGAUGCGAUUUGGCCUCUCCGACAUGGCAUUUGAUGUCAACUCCAGCUUUGAGAAGGACGUGGAGAUGGUGGCUGCUCACCAUCCCAUGGACGCUAGCUUUGGCAGUUCAUUGUCAUUCAUGGGAGCAGAACAUUUGCGCCCCCUCAGACUCCCACCUACAAACUGCAUCUCUGAGAUCACACCUGUCAUCAGCUCUGUCUACACUCAAAUCCAGCCCCUCCCAGGCAGGUUGGAAAUUGCAAGUAGUCGGGAAGCUGCUGAAGGCCAUGAGGAUCUUCCUGAUGGGACACAGAUUGUAUAUCGGGCAUCACGGGAGCCAAGCAUGGUAUCACCUAGCAAUGGUUGCCAGGAUUCCACAGACACUGAGAGCAUCCAUGAAGAGAGGGGCUCACAGCAGCCGCUGCUGUCCAGCAUUGGGAAUUGCACCAGCAGCCGGCAGAGUCCAGCCUACGCCAAAGAGGACCCAAAAUUGCAGGAGGGCAUCAUUCCCACCACUACUCGGUCAACUCCCAGUUCAGCCAAAGAAGCCCUGCGUGUGGUGAAUGAUGAAGGGGAACAGGUAAAAGCCUUCAAAUGCGAGCACUGCCGGAUCUUAUUCCUGGACCAUGUCAUGUUCACCAUCCAUAUGGGCUGCCACGGCUUCAGAGACCCUUUUGAAUGCAACAUCUGUGGCUAUCACAGCCAAGACCGGUACGAGUUCUCUUCCCAUAUAGUGCGAGGGGAACAUAAAGUAGGCUAAUCUUACUCUGUCCCCUUACUCAUCUCUCCCCAUCUCUAGUGCUCUAUCCUCGUUGGGCAUGGAACUGUUUGUUUCUUUUGUACUCCUUUGCACUGACUUUGGCUAAAAAAGAGAAAUAUUAAAAAAAAAAUAACCCUAAGUUUUAAAAAAAAUCCAAUGAACUUGAGAUGGGGAGGAGCUCAUAACAUUUUGCCUUUCUCUGUGCUGUGUUAUUUAAAAGUUGAUAAUUAAUUUUAAAAUUUGUGCUUUUCUCUCACACUUGUAGUUAUUUAUUAACGUUUCCCUUCCUUCCUUCCUUCUUUUUGCUGAAUAGCUUUUUCAGUCAUUUCACCAGGAAUGUCCUCUAUUGAGGAGCAAGUAAGGGCUGGCACAUACACCAGCAGCAAGCUUGUCUCUUUAAGGUCUAGGUCUCUUCUUCUUCCAUUUGGACUUUUUUUGGUUUCAGUUCCCAUCUCUCUGUUAAGCCACCACGUUAGGUAUUAAGAACCUCAGAUCAGGUGCUAAACACAUUAUAGAGCUUCCCCCAUUCAAGGGGCUAGGAAAGCCACGGCUUGAGGUGUAUGGCUGUUCAGGUGAACUGUAUAUAUCUUCUUUUUAUGGGUGGCUAUGAAAUGGAGCAUAUAAAGGUAUCCUGCUAGGAACGCUGCGGUCCCAAGAAUUUAAUACCUCUGUGCAUCUACUUAACACAGCUUUGAACUGACUUGUGUUAUUUCCUCUAUUGGGGCCUGGAAGGGAUAGUGAAUUUUGCAUCUGGUGAUGAUGAAGGAGCUGCAGUGUUUCAAGGAAGAUGAUGAGCACUUUGUCCAUGAAGAAUGCUGCCUUUCCAGAUUGAACUGAGGAUCAGCAAUGGGAAAGCAAAUGCUGUUUCCAGGAUGCCAUGAAGGAACCUUAGCAUCGUCUGAUUAAGAUAUAUUCUGCUUCUAAAGAGUCUGGGAUGUCCUGUCUCCUCUCCAGAUGGGUUGUCUGAGCUAAUUUUCUUUGAGCUUCCUGUGGCUAGCGCUUAAAGAAUAAUUGUUGCUGGAGGCUUUAGAAUCAGGGUAGGCAAAAUGUAGCCUUUACAACUCCCAUCAUUUCUCAGUACUGUCUGAGCUGGCUAGGAUUAAUGGGAGUUGGAGUACAGCAACAUUUGGAGUCUCAGAGGUUGCCAAUCCAAGCUUUGGAAGAUGUAAGCCUCCUAGAUGAGCAUGCGUUGUUAACUUUUCUUUCCCGAAGUAUGCAGGUUCCUUAGAGAGCAUUAAUGAGCCUAGCUUUGCUGACUAGGCUUACUUACUGAUUUGUAAGAUACAAAAUGGAGGAGUUUUCAGUGGCAGUUAAGAAAGAUGCUAGCAACAAUUGCUGGAGUCAGCUUAGGAAUUGCUCUACAAUUACUAGAGCCAAAGGAAUGAGGAGUCAAGUCCUGCCAGUGUCUCUGUUACAGUGCCUAACUUACACCUCCUUGCUCAGAUUCCCAGCAAUCAAUUAUUGCUGAGCAGCUUGGAACUGGAUUUAGUUUCCCAGUCAGUUUAGCUGUCCUUAUUUAUGUCAAUCAGUUAUAAGCCUUAUGGAUUGUGUCCAGAAAGCAUGCCCUUUGUGGACCCAUGAGCAAGACCUGAGAGUGGCAGCCUUGUGGUAAAAGUUCUCUGUAUCUAUGGAAGACUGCUCAUCCAAACUAAGGGGACAUAAGUUUUCAGUGACAGUUUCAGUUUCCUUAAAGAGAAAUCUUUUUCUCCAGAUCAGAGGCAAGAACAACUUCUAAGCUGAUUUUGUUGAAAAAGCAAAGGAAAAGCCAGCAAGAUCUACACAAUAACAAGCCCCCUUUUUUUCCACAGGUACAUGGCCCAGGGUGUCAGAGGGGAGCAUUAGAUUUCUGCAGUAAGGGCCCUGCAAGGACACCUUAUUAUGUGUACUUUAGUGUCUUAAAAGCUUUGAUCAUCAUCAAGGGCAAAAAAUUCCAUUCUGUAAUUGGGUUGCAGAUUGCUGCUGAUAAUAGGCUGUAGGCAAGGGAUAAAACACCACUUGUCUGUAUUUGCAGUCAUUCCCCCCCAGUCUGAGUGGAAAUCCUGUUGAUAAUUGCUUUUCAAGAGGGUAAUCACCAAAUUAGAGGGGUUAUGAGCUGAGCCAAUAAAACUUGAAGCUUGCCUUUUUCCAGGGCUUGCUCUCCCUUUGUCUGUCAGAAACAUCUCAUCUGUCAGAAAGGGGUGUAAGAUUAAAAGUCUCCCUAAGCUGGGCAAUGGAUGUGGCAAGAGGGGGAGUGCUUUUGGUUUUAGAUAAAUGCCCUUAAUGCAUAAAGAUACGUUGCUCAACAGCAGCCCAGGGAACUGCUUCCUUGCAGGAAAAACCAAAGGCUGUUCUUUUUCUAUUUAAAAGACAAACCUCAAGCUGCAACAUUUUGUUUGUUUCCCCUCUUUAUUGCUUUUUGUGAUGUGAAAUACAGAACUGAGCUUUUUAAAAAAAAUAAUAAACAGGCCAGACCAAUUUGAUUAACUGGAAAGGCCUUAUUGGAUGAGAUGCUUGGGGGAAUUGGCCAAGGAGAUUGGAGUGGAACUUUUCUUUAAAUAGUCUGACUAUGCUGUACUGCCAUACUUUAAAAAAUGUUGACCUUUUCUGGUACAAUAUCACUUUUCCCCUUCUGCUUUCUCUUUCUUACAUUCAGCAUACGAAUGGCAUCUUAGAGGCUUGGGAGGCACUUUGAGCUGGUCCCAGCAAUGUAUAUUUUAGCUUCAGCAGGAGAAGUGGACUAAUACAAUCUUUGUCAUUCUGGUUAUAUUGUGCAAUACAAAUGAAACAUGCUGAGAGACUUUGCCAAAUUGUUAAGGGAGUUUGAAAGUCCCGUUCUUACAUUUUUAUUGAUUAGAAUCGUACUACUGGCUCCCUGUAGUUCUACUGGCCCUAAGGUAAAGGAAUUUUUUUUCCUAUUGAUGUACAUUUAAAGUAUUCAACACUUUUUGUGAUUGUUAAUCGAAAAAGUUAUUUCACGUGACAUAGUUUUCCCUGUAAUAAUCUCCAUGAUUCCAAUGCUCAUCAGAAUGUCUUGUGUGAAUGAAAUCCUAGAGGGAAUUAUAGGAGCUCUCCUUUGAGUGGAAAAAGUCACAAGAACCAGCUUUUAUGCAUUGUAAUUUUGAAUGUUUAAUGUCAUCCUGCUCUAAAGGUUGAGAUUCCUUCACUGCCUACUUUAAAACUAUGAAGAAUUUGUUUUUAAAUUAACACAAUUUGAUAAGAUUAUAAUUGCAUUGAAUGAAUGAAUUUAAGAUGUUAUUUAAAGUGUUCGGGUUAUGCUCCAAAAAUCUGAGAGAACAUAUCUUUAGGUUUCUUCUAAGCUACUGUUAAAACAUACAGGUGGGUUCCUGGGAAACCUUAUGAGAAGAUCUUAAAAGCAAAAUGUUGGACAUCAAAUACGUAUUUACUGCAUAUAGUAAAACCUCCAAGCUGAUUUCUGACAUUCCCAACAAAAUAAAACCACUGUAUUUGUUGCCCAUUUUGUGAGCAUGGAGAUGUGUGUGUGUCAUACAUACAUAUGCACACCACACACCCAUAUCCACCUCUUUCAGAAUGAGCUACUCAAAUAAUUGUCUGUGGUAAGAACCUUAGAUUCCUCUGCUGGUAAGUUGUUUUUUCCCUUAAACAAUGUUUUGUUUUGGCGGUACAGUAUAGCCUGUUCAUGUGCAUCUGAAGAAAGUCCAGAUCUUUAUCACCUAGGCAUUCUCAGAGGUCACAAUGGAAUUAGGCCUCUGAGAAAAGGGAAGGUUCAAAUAGGCCUAUGUAAUAAUAAUAAUAAUAAUCUAAAUGAGAGGAGCAGUCCUCAGAGUCAGUUGUGUGCAUGUUUCUUUUCCCAUGUGAAUCUAGACCUAAAUAGAGCAUGUAUAGUCACGCCCCAGUUUUAUAGAUAGCAUUUAUCCCUUGUGGAAUCAAGCAAACCGCACUUCCCUCUCGGUACCUGAGACUUUCUGGACUUCUGGUAUGGUGUAUGUGCUCCAGAGUGCUGGGGUAAAAUCCAUUUACUUUAACUGGGGAGCAUUAUAUUGUCUCUAAUGAAAAGUAAACAUACAUGCAUGAACUAGUAGUGACAAAGUCCAAAAAUGUAACCAAAUUCCAAAAAUAUCCAAUUCUGCAGAGAAAGGAUGCCAACUAAUAAUGUUUAUCUAAUCAAUCUUUUAAGCAGAACUGGAAAUGAAACAGCAAGAUUCAUACCUGUUUUCUUUCUACACACUGUACUAGAUCUGCUGUAUGAAGCAAGAUAAAUAUUUUUUCAACAGAUGGAAAAUUGAGCUUGUGUUCAACAUACCAAGAGUAUGAGUUUUGUUGAGAUAUCUUUUUGAUGUCUGAGUUUUAUUAUCAGUGCCCUGAUAUUUUCCAUGUGAGAUGCAAAUUACCUCUAGUUCCAAUAGACAAAAUUAUGGAAAGCCACCAUUUUUCCCCCCAUGUAGACUAAAAUUUCUGUCACAGCAAUGUAAAACAUAUUGAACGGCUGACCAGAUAUGCAUUCCAUCUGAAUAUAUUUGUCAAGAGGAGGAAGCAUUUAUUGGCUUCUUGGAAGAGGAUGUUGGGAAGUAAAUACGCUUAUGAAGUUUUCCUUAUUUAUGUACUGUUCCUGAAAUAAAUAUGAAACUUUGACAAGAAAGAAAGAAAAUAAAGCUUAGAUAGUUGGAUACUGACUUCUUGAAAGCCAAAGAUGGCCCUUGGGUGCUUGGCCUCACUUCAUUGCCACACUGAUAAAGCACCUAAAGUGUCAUUUUUACUGGGUUUUUUAAAAGCUGUCCUUUGUGCCUCCAUACAAAGCCCACAUCCAGAAUUGCUCUGCUUCCUGUUUCUAGUGGGAAUAGGACCACUCUGUGCAGGAGCCAUUUAUUUUUGUUUUAAUGGGAAAUAUUAGACAGUUCUAGAGCUAAAUGAAGAUGUCCAGAACAUCAUUUGUGAACUGUAUUUACUGCACUGUGGAAUGGUACUAAUCUCUCUCCGCCCUGCUUCAGGGAACAUGAAUCCUGCUUCGGACUUCACAUAUUACCUCCUGCUUGCCCCCUUUUGUGAAAAUGAAAACAGGUUUGUUUUAGAGAAACAAAGCUCUGAAAUUUCUAAGAAAACAGUGUUCCUUUUUAUUUCUGCUUUCACCUGUAUGAAGAGCCUAAAAAAAACAAAUGUAGGAAUUUUGUAAAACUCCAGGUCUCUUUAACUUGUGUAAAUAUAUAUAUUUUUUAACCAGAUGUAUGAAGAACAAAAAAGAUGUGCAAUAUCCCCAACCCGCUACAAUAUUCUUCACUUGUUUCUAACGAGCUUUCAUUUGUAUAUUGUUAUUGGGUUUGCUAGUGUGGCGCUCUUCUCCCCCCCCUUUUUUUUUGGUGGGGUUAAACUUGCUUUUAAAUAAAAGAAAAACCUCUUACUGCAAAAGCUUUUUUGUAUUUGUAAUAUAUUGUAAGUACAUAUUUGUGUAAUGGAGAUUAUACUACUGUUAAGUUUUGUACUGUACUGGCUGAAGGUCUGUUAUAAAUAAACAUGAGUAAUUUAACAGUA